CGAAGCAAAAGAUGAUGUAUCAAAUAUCAAUUUUCGACAGUAUCCCACACGGUAGUCGUAUGUUCCGUUAAGCGACACGCCACGGCAGUACUACGAGUAAAGAGCAUUCAUUACACGCGACCUAUCACAUGGCCAAGAUCGAGGCGUUAUAAGAAUUGGGUACACCCGGUUCCCAGAUAAUUAAUCCUCACUUUCUUUGUCCCCAUUUUCUCACAAAACUAUGCUUUCCAGUCACAAAUACCAUUCAGAGGACGAGUCGCGACCGCUGGCAAUCACAGCUGUCCGACCAAGACCGAUACCGAAUUCCUACUGGGCCACACCAUUCUUGGUCGCAUGCGAAUAUCCAUGGACGCCCCAAGCUCCGUUUAAACCCAAGCUCGACGCUUUACUUGCAGCGGGCGUUCGAACAUUCAUCGACCUCACCGAGUCCGGCGAAUUGAAGCCUUACACACAUAUACUCUGUGCGCGUGCAACGCUACUGGGAAUUGACCCCACGACUAUUGAGUACCAUCGAUUCCCCAUACGUGAUAGGUCUCUGCCCGAUAGCGUGGAAUACAUGCAUCGCGUGAUGGACGUGUUAAGGGAUAACGAGGAGCGGGGUAGGAUCUGCGCGGUUCAUUGUCGGGGUGGUAUCGGGAGAACAGGGAUGGUUAUUGGGUGCUGGUUGGUACAGAGCGGUGUAGCAAGAGAUGGUGAAGAGGCUUUGAUGAUUAUUGCAGAGGAGUGGCGAACCGUUGAAAAAUACAUGCGGUAUCCGCAUAGUCCGGAGACCGGACCGCAGUUUGAAUUCGUGAAGACGUUUCAUCGGAUGGAGAGUUGAAGUGAGUUCGCUUUUUGUGGGAAUUCUGUCGAACUAAACCUUUACUGCAAGAUAGACAAUGGACUGCACGUAGAAGUUUAAGUCAACACGCAUUAUCCUCCACGAACGAAGUUCAUCAGGAUAAGGGCUGGCGACGGUGCGGUGCACGCUCCUGCGAUUAAGAUUGAUGAGGUGGAAGCAGUGCGGGGGA